AUGCUCGGCGCCGUGAAGAUGGAAGGCCACGAGGCGCAAGACUGGAGCACGAGCUUCUACGGCGACGAGGUCUACUCCCCCAUGUCCAACAGUUUACCAGGCUCCCUUCAGAUGCCCUCGCUGUCCUCCUCUGGACCCCUGUCCUCCUCUGGACCCCUGUCCUCCUCGGCUCCUCUGUCCAGCAGCUGUUUGGGGGCGGGGCUCAUGUCUCAGAUGUCCUCUCACGUGUCAUCCAUGUCUGUACAGAUGCAGCCCAUGUCCCAGAUCUCGUCCCAGAUCUCGUCCCAGAUCUCUUCACAGAUCUCCUCUCAGAUGCAGCCUGUGUCGUACAUGUCCACUCCGGGUUCUCAAUCCUUUAGUUACUGUGAGGGGCCACAGGGAGGUGCUCUCAGCCCGGCGUACGGUGGUGUUAGCUCUUACGGUGCUAACAGACGUGACACUAAGUCGUUCCGGCGCAGCUACCCACACGCCAAACCUCCGUACUCGUACAUCUCCCUCAUCACCAUGGCAAUCCAGCAGGCGCCCAAUAAGAUGCUGACGCUGUCGGAGAUCUACGCCUGGAUCAUGGAGCUAUUCCCAUUUUACCGGCACAACCAACAGCGCUGGCAGAAUUCCAUCCGCCACUCACUCUCCUUCAACGACUGCUUCGUCAAAGUGUCUCGCUCGCCCGAGAAGCCAGGGAAAGGCUCCUAUUGGACGCUGCACCCCGACUCUGGAAACAUGUUUGAGAACGGCUGCUACCUGCGCCGCCAGAAACGCUUCAAGUGUGACAGGAAGCUGAAGGCUGGCCCCACCCCUAAUGCCGCUAACCCCAGUGCAGCCAACCAUGCUCCCAGCCAUACCUCCAAUCAAGACCCCGACCAGCUGCCUACCCACACGGCCCCUCUGCCCCCCCAUCAUUCUGCUCUGCCCUCCCACAAUGCCCCUCUGCCCUCCCACAAUCCCCUGGAGCUGAAGGACGACCCACGCUUCGCCUUCGAUCACCCAUUCUCCAUCCACAGCCUGAUGUCGCAUGGCGCUAAUGCUAACGCUAAUGGUUAUGGCUCCCGCGGCCUGGAGCUCGACGCCAACUACUACAGUGCUCCCUACCCCCGGACUCUGCUCCAUAGCUCCUAG